CCCUAUUCCAUCAAGUCGACAACUACCCUGUCAUCGGACCCUUAACGUAAUUUCCCUCCCUCUCUCUCUCUCCCUCUCCCCCUCAACCAGUCUCAAGCAGCGCACGUAAACUAGGCUCAAACCACAACCACAUUCAGGUUCGGUUCCAGUGAUAAAGCAUGAAUCCUGUGGAACUCUUGUCUGAUCUCUAUGCAUUGAGACAGUUAUAUGGACUCCUCCAAAAUGGCGAAGGCUGGCCGCAACAUAUAAAUUCAAACAAUGUGGAAAAAGCUUUGGACACGAGAGCGCGACAAUUGUUAAAGAAUCUUCUAGAUGAUGCUGCUGAAAGGAUUUUGAAUACUCAUUUGAAGAUGAUAACAACUCAGGCAGCUGUUAGUAGCAAACCUGGCCCCUCUCAACCAGAGCAACCCAAGGCUGUGCCUAAGAAGAAUUCUCCUAUUUCCCCAACAGUGACAGUGAAAUCUUCUCCUAACAGAGUCUUGAAUGAUGAUGCAAAGGAUUCUAAAAAGUACACGUUCGCACCUGAGGAGGAUGGGUCACUGAAGAAGCUGAAGCCUGAGAGAGAAAUUGCGGAGUCUAAAGUAAGCAACUCAUCGGACCUGCCUGAACAGAAAAAGAAAGUGUGUCGAAUCUGCUUAGAAAACAAUCUGAAGAAACAGUACUCAGCCAAGGAUGCAAAAUUCUCCAAUGACAGAGUCAAGGUACCUGACGAAAACAGUGUUAGUCAAGAUAAGCAACAUGAUUGGCGUAGUCAUCUCAAUGUUCUCGAUGAGCAUGCUAAAAGGUUACAAGAAUCUAAUACAAAGUCCACAGAGAGAGGGAAUGACAUCAGUGAAACUCUUGGAAAUCCAAGCAUUGUUAGUUUUGGUGUUUGUUCCCCAAUAUCUCCAACAAGAAUGGCUAGCAAGCAAGAAGUCGGUUUGUACCCUGAUUGGCCAGAGCGAGGAAAAGUCAGAUGAGGGCAGUGAUUACUCUAAAGUAGUUGCAAAUGCAAUCGAACAAAUUGAGUUGCGCAUUUUGGCUGUGCAGUUGAGUUCUUUUGGGAUGGCGAAUUCUUUCAACAACGAUGCUAAUGAACAUUAUUCUUUCAAGCGUGACAUUUCAUUUAGUCCUUCUACUCCUACUCCUACAGCGCAGAUAGAAGAACAGGUAGCUCCUACUACUAUUAGUACUACUAUUACUAGAAGAGAGCUGAGUGGUAUGGAUAAGUCUUUUCCUUUGUUGGGUGGAACUCAGUUGCUAACUCGUCAGGCGAGUCAAUUACUGUCUCAAGAUCCGACAGGGAGGUAUGCUUCUAAUUCCAGGGAACAUGGUUCCUCUAAGGGCCUGAUGGAGAGACUUGGAUCGCGGAGGUUCCCUCCGAGUCAACCAGUGAGUCGGAAUGAGAAGAUGGCAGGUCAUGUGAAUGGUCUAAGGGUCCCUCCUCCAAAUCAGGCUUCUAUGCACGUUAAGACACCUGAUCAAACAUGGAAAACCACUCCAGUCCAAAAUGCAACUACUAGAAAAAUAGGGGCUGCAAGAUCUAAUCAGUUCGUGCCACCUGAGUCCAUAGUUUCUUCAGUUGGACAUGGACCUAGUUGUAAGAAGUUGAUGAGUCAAACUCGGAAAAUUAGUCUAGUGACAAACAAGAGACAUCAUACAAUGACCGUGAAGCCAAUUUUGUUAGAUGAACACAAGCCUAGUGGGACACACAAAAUGUCUUCUGCAGGCCGACAGAAGAAGAGAAUGCCACGAAAGCAAGUGUUGGAUAUGGAGGAGGAGACUAGCUCAGGUUGUACUGAUUCCGAAACUUGGUCGACGUGGACAAGUGAGACAAAUUCUGAAGCUGAAAGCAGCGCUGAUAGUAAUGAAUACUCAAAGGAGGAUUCCUGGAGUCGAGGCCUAUCUAGGAGACGUACUCGUGAUAAUCAUAUGAGAAUGAGAGGUGAUCUCUCUUCCUCAACAAGGUCGAUAAAUACGGCGGCAGAAGUAAAUGCUAGUAGUAGUUCACGGAAUAGUAGCUGUAGCUCAUCAAUGGAGGAGGAGGAGGAUAAUCUCUAUAGCCGUAAAAGAUAUCCGGAGAAGUCCGUUGGACGAUUUAGGAGGCUCAAGAACAGGUUGGGACUCAUAUUUCACCACCAUCACCAUCACCAUCACCAUCACCACUAUGACGGAAAUGGUAAUAGUGAUGAUGAUCGCGGCCAUUCUGGGUGGAAACACCUACGGAGGAAGAUGUUUGACAGCCACAAAAACCCGCAUGGCAUCCGAGAAAGCAGAGGGAGCAAAAAAUCAUUGGUGAAAGUGAAAAACAUGUUGCAUAAUAAGCAGGGGGAGGUUGGGCAUUUUCAUGCUCUGUUGGAAGGGCUGUUGAGGCACAUAAGGCAUUCGAAGAAAUCAAGUAACUACUUGUCAAAGGGAGGAGUAGGAGGAGGAGGAGGAAGAAGAAGUUGCAUUAUUAGGAAGAAGAAGAAGUUGCAUUGGUGGCAAAUGUUUCGACGCAGGCGAGUCAAGAUGCAGCCUAAUAAGGCUAAAAGAGGGCGUGUCAAGCUCGGAUUCACCUGCUAAAAGACGGCCAAAGCUUAAAAUGAAGUAAUUAUAAGUUUGCUACAUUCAUCCAUUGAGAUAAAUGAAAAUAUGCACAAGAUUUAACAGUUAAUUUGUAUAGUUGUGUACCUUCAUUAAUCACAUAUGUUAGUUUAUGAC